GCUGGGGCGGGCGCGCCCACUGACUGACAGCUCGGGCCGAGGCGCCGCUCGAGGACCCGGCUGCUCGCGAGGCGCAGUCGCCGCAGCUGCAGAUCGGACUGUGUCGCCGGCCGUGUCUCCCGCCUGACCGGCGCCGCCGCGAUGCCUUAGGGCCACCAGCUGCCCCGAAGGACUCAUCCUUGGUGGCCACCGAGUGUGCACGGCAGGCUACCCUGACGCGCCUCGGAAGCUGCCCCGCAGCUGCCCACCUGCACCAUGGAGACCGGGGAGGUGCCCGUGGGCACGCUGGUUGACUUUGGGACUGAGCCGCCGUCCUCCCCUCCCCUGGAGGCGGUGCCUGCGACCCUCCGGGAUGGGGACGGCUCCCUGGGAGACGGCGCGUCAGAGAGUGAGGCCACGGAGUCUGCAGACAGCGAGAACGACAUGGGCGAGUCACCCUCGCACCCGUCCUGGGACCAGGACCGCCGCUCCUCCUCCAGCGAGUCCUUCUCCUCCAGCCAGAGCACAGAGUCGGCCCAGGACGAGGAGACCCUGCUGCUGCGAGAGUUCAUGCGAGGCUACGUGGAGAAGAUCUUCUCCGGAGGGGAGGACCUGGACCAGGAGGAGAAGGCCAAGUUUGGGGAGUAUUGCAGCAGCGAGGAUGGGAAGGGCCGGGAGUGGUUCGCCCGCUACGUGAGCGCCCAGCGCUGUAACUCCAAGUGCGUGUCGGAGCCCACCUUCUACCGCCUGGUGCAGUCCUUCGCCGUGGUCCUGUUCGAGUGCCAUCAGAUGGACGACUUCGGGCCCGCCAAGAACCUCAUGACCAUGUGCUUCACCUACUACCACAUCGGCAAGCCGAACCCGCUGCCCAUGGAGCCCAGGGAGAAGGCGGUGGGCAGCAUCGACUCCUACCUGAAGUCCGCCAACAGCUGGCUGGCCGAGAAGAAGGACAUCGCCGAGCGGCUGCUGAAGAACACGGAGAACGUGAAGGGCUUCUUCGGGGGACUGGAGACCAAGUUGAAGGGGCCCCUGGUCAGGCGGGACGAGGACGAUGAAAACAAACCCAGGGACAGGCAGCCCAAGACGGUGACGGUGCCCAGCCCCGAGGAGGAGCCGAGGGGGGAGAAGGUCUACCUGUACAUGCACCUGAAGCAGCAGCCCAUCUGGCACUCGCUGAGGUUCUGGAAUGCCGCCUUCUUUGAUGCUGUCCACUGCGAGAGGAGGAAGCGAUCCCCCACCACCAGAGGGGAUGCUGGAGAGCAGGACAAGAGGGAGAAGUGGAGCCACAUGACGCAGGAGGAGCGCGCCGACAGCCUGCGGUUCAACGAGAACAUCACCUUCGGGCAGCUGGGCACCUUCACCCACAACAUGCUGGCCUUCGGGCUGGGCAGGAAGCUAUGCGGGGACUUCCUGAAGAAGCAGGCGGUGAUUGGGAACCUGGACCAGGAGCAAUACAAGCUGCUCAGCGACCACAUCGAGCAGAUGGCCUCGGAGUAGCAGACUGAGUGGACGGCGUUCUCCCGGGCCAGCAGUGGCCGUCGCCCCGCCCAUGACCCUGCAUGUCACCGGCAGCACCAGAGUCGCCCUUGCUGCCCAGAACUAGCUAUCAGAAGACCCGGCUGCCUGUCCUUCUGUCCCCUGCCCAUGUCUGCACCCGUCCUCGUGCCAAAGUGUCCCCAGGGACCGCUGCCCCGAAAUGCCAGGCUCAGGAGAGGAGCCCCUGUGCAGGAGGAAGGGGCCUCAGCCAGGGUGGGCCCCUGCCGGUGUCUGCACACCACCCUGAGGGCAGAGCAGAGGCGAGGGCACGGAAUGGGACCAGUGGGACGAGCCCUGGAGGUAGGGUCUCCGGGGCCGUCCUGGCUGCUUGCUCUUCUGUCCCCCUGUGUGACAGGAGCUAGGAGUCCCAGGAACCCACCGGGCAGACACCUCCUGUUUCAGGGAGAGAAGGGUGGAGCGGCUGCCAUGUGAGACCGGCCCGCUGGCAGGGGUGGGGGUGCCCCGCGAGUCACGAGGACCAGGGCUGAGAUGUCUGUGGGGUCGGGGGUGCAGAGAAGGUCCUUGCUUGGCACAGCCCCAACACCAGUGCCCCCCUAGGCGCCUGCACCCCGCAGCCCAGGCUUUGUGUCCUGUCCCGUGCGCCCCGCAGGUGUGUCCCUUACCCUAACUGCAGGGCUGGGACCCUCCACCUCUCCAGGGCGCUUGUACCAAGCCCGCCCUCGUGGACUCAGACAGGCAUUGCACGGGACCCGGCUUCUCCCCGCUGCCCCUGUGGCUCCAUAUGUGACACACAGCCGACCGUCGCCCGCAUGGUCCCAGAGGCCUGGGGCAUGUGUAUCCCAGAUGCUGGCCACGGGUGGCAGCCCCAGUGUGGGUGGGCAGCUGAUGGCCUGGUGUGUGUGCCACUUCAGCCCAUCUUCAGUGGCGCCCAGCAGGAUGUGUGGCCAGCUGCAGUAUGGGCACCGUGUCUCCAGAGCGGUGGCCGUAGUCUCUGCUGAGUCUGGUUUAGGGAAGUCCGGUCACAUGAAGGCUGCAGGCCCAGCGUCCCCUGCUGGACACCUGCUCCCCACUCACCCGAAGGAGCCGGCCCAGCUCCUCCUGGAGGUCUCCAGGCUCCGGCCUCCAGGGUGCAAGUGAGGUGGCCCUGGCUCUGCCGUCUUGGUGGGUGUCCCCCUGCCCUGUGGUGUGCACAGCACAGCCCCAGCCGUGUGCACAGGAGUGGGGUUCUGGCAUCCUGGGUGACCCGUGCAGUGACCGGUGGCAGACAGAGCAGCUGUGGAGCUCAGAAGGAUGCAGGGCCAGGGGAGGGUUGGCGUGGAGCAGCUGCGCGUGUGCAGGGAGGCGCUGAGGCUCGCGCCCUCGAGGGUGCAGGACAGGCUGGGCCAGUGCCCACUUCCCCACUCCGUGGGGCUGCAGCUGUGAGGCCCGUGCUCCCUGGGCCAGAAGUGCAAGGGGCUCCUGCCCCGUGGUCAGAUGGCCCUGCUGGCACGGCUCCGAGAACGUCGGGUUUGCUGAGCACGGCUUGAAGGACUUCAGAAGCCAGAGUGCCCCGUGGGCGGGAGAAGGGACGUGGGGGAGAGGUCGGGCGCCCUGAGUGGCCGGCGGGGUCUGCGCGGGGGCACCUCCAGGCCUCUCCCCACGGAGUCUGCCCACCAAGCCAUCUGCCCUGCUCCUGCUGACCGCUCGCCCUGCUCGCCUCGAGGAAACAGGAACUGCACUGGAUGCCACUGGCAGAUGCAUGCUCGGGCAUGGGCACACCCUGGACCCUGUGCUGUGCCGCGCGGCCUCGACACGGCAACUGGAGCAGGGAGGGGACAGAGGGGUCACCCCACACUGCCCGCCACCCGCGCCCCAUCCCUGUGUCUGUGAGCCUUGGGCCACCCGCUCCGGAGAGAUGCGGAGUCUCAGGUCCUUCGUGUGGUCGGGGCCACAUCCAGGGGCUGCGUUGGGGGGCAGCAAGGGCUGCUUGGCUCUGGGCAGUGGGCUGAGGACCCGGGCCUGGCUGGCCCCACGGGGCCGGGUGUUGGUGUGUGGUGCCCAGGGGUCCUGGUCACAUUGGACAGCGUCAGUCCUGCUGGGCACCGGCCCCCACCUAGUAAAUCCCCCCCCCCACCGCUGCUUUCAGGAUUCUGCACUUUAACCUGAGGGGUUCCUGUCCCGACCCCUCCUGUCAACCUAAGAUGGGCGCAGGCCCUCCUGCUCUGGGCCAGAAGGACAGGCUCUCGGGAAGGACGGGAGCACUGUGAACAGAAACUGGCCCUGGGCAGGUGGCUCUCUCGGGCAGUGUGUUCAGGUCCAGCUGCCGAGAGGGGCCUGGACAGCAAUGGGACUGUCACCUGCAGUGGCCCGGUGGACCAGAAGAGGACAGUCAGGCACCGGCCACCCGGAGAGCUGGCCCCUGGGGUGACAUCCUGGCCUCUGUCCUCUGUGCAGUGGCCAUGUGGUCUUGAGCUGCCCCUGUGCCGUCUUUCUGUCCCCUGUGGUUGCCCUGUGGUCCUGGUGUCGCAGUGUCACCGUUACACAGUCCUGUGUCCCCGAGGUGAUGUCUGGAAUGGAACUCGAAGGCAGGGAAAGUCCCCAGGGCGGGGCUGACAAAGCAGUCCUAAGGUCAGGGCUGCUCCUAGGGAGAGAAGUGUGGGUGUUGCACCCUGGGGGUCAGAGGCUGGAGCCGAAAUAAACGAUCUUUCCGAAGAAAA